CUAAACCCUUUCCUCCCUCUCACACACAAACGCUCUCUCUUCGUCACUCUCGCUGAAUCUCUCCCUAAUUACAUCUUUACCCUUACAUCGCCGGAGAUCGCCAUGGCUGGACAGAAGAUCAAGGUCGGAAUCAACGGAUUUGGAAGGAUCGGGCGAUUGGUUGCUAGAGUGAUUCUCCAAAGCGAGGAUGUUGAGCUCGUCGCCGUCAACGAUCCCUUCAUCGCCACCGAUUACAUGACCUACAUGUUUAAGUAUGACAGUGUACAUGGACAAUGGAAGCACAACGAAGUUAAGGUGAAGGACUCUAAGACUCUUCUCUUUGGUGAGAAGUCAGUUGCUGUGUUCGGUUGCAGGAACCCGGAAGAGAUCCCAUGGGGUGAAGCUGGUGCUGAGUAUGUUGUCGAGUCAACUGGUGUCUUCACUGAUAAGGACAAGGCUGCUGCUCAUAUUAAGGGUGGAGCCAAGAAAGUUGUCAUCUCUGCACCAAGCAAAGAUGCACCUAUGUUUGUGAUGGGAGUGAACCACAAGUCAUACACACCAGAUCUUAACAUCGUCUCCAAUGCUAGCUGCACAACCAACUGUCUAGCCCCUCUUGCCAAGGUCAUUAAUGAUAAGUUUGGCAUUAUUGAGGGCUUGAUGACCACCGUGCAUGCAAUUACCGCCACCCAGAAGACUGUCGAUGGACCCUCCAGCAAGGACUGGAGGGGUGGAAGAGCUGCAAGCUUUAACAUCAUUCCUAGCAGCACUGGAGCUGCUAAGGCUGUUGGCAAAGUGCUUCCAGCUUUAAAUGGUAAAUUGACAGGAAUGUCUUUCCGUGUUCCAACCAUUGAUGUCUCUGUUGUGGAUCUUACUGUUAGGCUUGAGAAGAAAGCCACUUACGAUGAAAUCAAAGCCGCCGUCAAGGCGGAGUCUGAGGGUAACAUGAAAGGAAUCUUGGGCUAUGUUGAGGAGGACCUGGUCUCCACUGACUUUCAGGGUGACAGCAGGUCAAGCAUCUUCGACGCCAAGGCUGGCAUUGCUUUGAACGAUAACUUUGUUAAGCUCGUGUCCUGGUAUGACAACGAGUGGGGCUACAGUACUCGUGUUGUUGACCUCAUCCGCCACAUGAACACCGCGAAAUAGAGAGUUUUUCUUUCCUGCUGCUGCUCUGGACCGAUGAUCGAGUUGCUGAUUUCUUUUUGCUGCUAGUAGUAGCUUAAGCUUUUGUUCAGAAUAAAUUUGUGUUAGCCAGCUUAUUGGCGGUGGAUUCCCCUUUGAAGGGUUUGAGCUUAAGUUUUACCCGGUGAUAUUUUAUUUACUUCUUGAAAGAACGAUUUUCUAGUUUGUAUGGAUCGUUUUAUCUUUAGUUAAGCUGUGGAUGUCAUUCUCAAUAAUCAUCAGCAUAUAGCUUUUUGGAUGAA